AUGACAGAGAUCUCCAGAAACCUCGCCAGCCUGCGAGGUCUGUACCAGGAUCUCUCUGCUAUCCCAGAGUCUUCCCUGGGCAACAUUGAUCGACUGGUUUAUGAAUUGGACGCCCACAUUCAAGACUUUCGAAAACUCCUAGACAAGCCCUCGAAAAACAAUGCAAGUCGCCAACAAGUUCUCUCAGGAAAGAUCAACGUUGCCGGUAUACCACACGAAAUCAACCAUGACUUCCAACAGGGCGCGCUACAGCUGGCGGACGCUUUGAACAUUGAUGAACUUCAUGCGGCAGAGAUGUUCUAUGCAGCGCAGGAUGACUCCCAGGUUCUGGAUCGCCCUCCUUUGAUCACUGCCAUCAUGCGAUUCCACGAACGCCGGUCGUUCCUCCUCGAGUGUUUGCGCCUUAUUUUCCGUGAGGCAAAUGAAGUUGAGCGAGAGCGAACUUCGGCCAUCUUGCAUGAUGUUCUUUCCGAUAUCUUGGAAGUCAAAAACAACACAAUGCAGAAUGCCUCACUUUACGCCCGGAAGGGCAUGCAGGCCAUGGUCGAUAUCGAGACAUGGAUCUCGCUUCUUGGGGAUCAGAUCCAAAGAGUUUCAGUCAUCGGAUAUGGAGAAGAUCGCGACAUCAUGGAAGCCAUAGAAUACCAGCGUCACAGUCUGCAACAACAGCAUGAAUCUCUCGGCGCCAUUAUCUUCUACCUAUUCAAGGGCACAUACACAAGCUCAGAGGACUUCCGUGUUCUCGUCACACAACUGAAAAGAUUGGAGCGCUUCGACGGACUAUUAGUUCAUUAUGUCCCCAUCGCGAUCGCAGCUUUCGUUCAACAUGGAUCCCCAGAGGGAUCUGGAACACAAAAGGACGCUCGAAGCCUGCAUACACUCAUCACCGCGGUCAAAGAUGCUCACACGUGGAAGCUACCCACCUUCCAUGCUGCAAUUAUCGCUCUGUGGCUAUCAGUCUACAGCGGGUGGUACUUUGAUGAUGGUCCAUCCUCUCCCGUUCCAGGUGCUGACCCGGAAGUUGAAGCGAAAGAACGUACGAAGAUGUUUAUGACUGCCCUUGACGAUGGCGCCCUUGAUUUUAUGCUUGCCAUCUGCUCUAGCAUCAAUAGUGAAGAAUGGGCUGAUCCAGCACGAACUGAGCUAGUAGGGCUUCUUCUCAGAGAAAGCGUUAUCACGCUACCAGAACUCGACUCUUGCUCUGAAUACAUGAAGGAGCUAUUGAUGGAGAAUUUCGAGGCAUAUGUAGAGUCUUGCAUUGCAAACAUGCCGGAUGCUGUUCGAUUGCUCAAGUCUGAAGAAGACACCCAGAGGUUAGAUCAGAUCACAGCUCUGAGGGAUGGCCUGACAUCUAGUCUCCACCGUGGCUUGGUCGAGGCAAGAACACACCUUGAGUCCCUUCUGAUGAUAAUCUCAUUUUCCUUCGAGCAUCGUCAGGAUGCUGCACAAGAGUUUUGGGCCGACCCCGAUGGCAACCUUUACGGCUUUUUGCAGUGGGCCUCUAAGCGGCAGACUGUUCCCCGAGUCAGCGCCUUCUGUGAAAUGCUCUGCUCCAUCUCUGAGGGCGAGGAAAAUGCAACUGCUGCGCAUCGAUUUUUGUUAGAAGAAGACAAGUUCAUGGGCUCAAAAUUGAAACGCUCAACAACGAUGAACUGGAUGCAAAUGUUUGCUGAACUGCGUCUCUAUGCCAGCCGAGUCACAGAGAAGCCUCAAAGUGGUACUACUCAGCAUGGGAUGGUGCGGGCUCGAAAGUCCGAACCCGUCGAUAUGAGCGAACCUGAGAGCCCAGUCAUGUUGACCUGUUAUCUCCGUCUCAUGGGGCAUUUAUGCAAGCAAAGCGCGACCAUUCGGGACUGGAUGUUGCAGAAUCCAAACUUCACAGUGGUCGAGACCCUUCUGAAGCUGUGCAGUGGACCGAUCCCAACACACCUCAGAGCAACCACUUUCACCACACUUUCAGCGUUAAUGACGGAUAAAACGCUCGCCAAUGGAAAUGAGAUGUGGCUUCGUGUUGAUGAAUAUUUGUCUGGAGACGUCCUGGCUAAUCUGUGCAUUGGCAAAGUCCCGAGUGGUGCUACGGGCGUGUGGCGCCAGCAGCAGGCUUUACAGAUGAUUGGCGAGAGCUUUGAUCAAACCAACGCAUUUGUUGGUUUGGUCAAUUCGCUGAUCACCCCGGCCUUUGACUUGACCGACAACCCUCUAUCACUUUCUUUCCCGGAGUCACUGGGCUCGUCGUAUCGCAUGCAUGGCGUUGAGCCUUACAUUGAUUUCAUUUUGGGACAUGCUGUAUCUCGCAAGAUCCAAGAACUCAAUGAUUAUCAGUCCAGUCUGCUCACUUACAACUGUAUGGAUUUUGUUGUGGCAUGUCUACGGACCUUCAAUGAGGAUCUCGUCACCGUUCUCAGCCAGCCAUCCCACGCCUCCGAUUCCGCAGCAACAAAUUUGGCGCUUACCACUUACGUUCGACUUCACCCCUUUGCUCGCGUGAUGGAAUGGCUUUUCAAUGAAGACGUCCUCAAAGCCUUGUUCGCAAACAGUCUCAGGGAUGUUGCAGAUAUUGCCCAGGCGUCGUCCAAUUCCGUCAAGGUAUUGACUCUUCUCCGCACUAUCGAGGUAAUGAACUUGAUCCUGGAUCUACAAUCCACUUAUUUCAACAUUGUCAAGCCAAUGGUCAAGGCCAACUCGGCUCCCAGCAGGAUUAAUGUUGCAAACUCGUCGCUCGCUUCUUUUGAAGAUAGUGUCCUGAACAAUCUGGGUCUCGUGCCCGCAUUGUGCCUCUACUGCGGUACAGGACACCAGCAGCUUACCGUCACAUCAUUGGCUUUACUGGAAAAACUCUCGAGCUCUCGCAAACUGAACAAGAUGUCGUCUCCAGAGAUUUCCAGGUGGCAAUCCUCAAACAAGAUUGUGGAGGUUCUCGCUAGUGAAGUGGAUAUUGAUAGCAUAUCCCGUUCACUCGUAGCGCAGAUGGUACCGGAUGAAAGGGAAUUGGAGUGGGGUGCUCAGUCUGCUGGUUAUGUCAUUCGAGAAAGCCUGCUUGCUCUAUUGAAUAGUUGCCUCGGAAUAAUCACAGAUCGCCCUACUGUCGCGCACCUUCUACUUGGCUUUGGUUCUGUUGGCAAUAUGCUCGAUGUGCCAUCAGAAGGCCUGUUCACUAUGCGAACGUCUCUUUUACAUGCCAUCAUUGGCUUUUUGCGAGACUACCCUGAAGAACUGGAUGGUACAAUUGUAUCAUGGACCGUCCAUCUCAAGCGUGUUGCCUUUGAGGUUCUUCGGCACCUGUGGUCUUCAAAGCUAGCAACAUACUUCACCCUGGGUGAAAUGCGUGUGAAUGGGUUUCUUCCCCACAUGUUCUCUGGUCAAACUCUUGUCGGUCCGAAUACUCUCUGGCAUGGUUUCCCGCUCAUUUCAGACGAAUUUUGGCUGACAGAAUCCACAACGGCCUUGGGUGAAUUUUUGCUUUACCGAAGCCAUCUGUACGCGUACGCUGCGACCGAGAUUCGAGCGGCAGCAAAGGUUGGAUCACCCACUCUUCAAGUAGAGACACUCGCAACAUUACUCGGGGACUCUGUUCUGGACAGUGGCGAGUCUAUCAAAACCCACUCCGUCUUCGAUCUCUUUGACUUUGCUGAUCUGGACGUCGCUCGCGAGUUCGAGUUGCCGCAGCUGCAGCUGCUUGGUAAACUCCCUCUGGACGUCUGCGCUCAGAAGAACGAGGACUCGUCUGUGCUCUAUAAUCUUGCCGAGCUUGAAGAACUGAUUCAGGUUGAGAAGGCGAAGAUUUUGGCCUAUGGAGUGCCUCGACCACAAGAAGAAGAAUUGAUUCACAAAGAGGCCGGGGCCUUGAAGAUGAUCAUCCACGCGACCAAUCAAUCGCGUCAGAUUCAACAGAACAGAUACCUCGCUCUCCGUUCGUGGGCAGAGCUUAUCACCACCAUAGUCAGCUGCUCCGUCUUGGAUGAUUCAAACAGACCACCGUUCAUCCUGCACGCCAUUCAACUCAUUCUUCCUAAGUUGGAGAUUGCCAUUGAGGGAGACUCGCCAGAGGCGAUCGAGCUGGCACGACUGGCCGAGACCCUUAUUGGAAAACUUGCGUCUGACUUAUCAGCAACCCCUGGCUCGCAGAGCGGAGACGUCAUUGACGAAAAGCUGCAUCAGCUCUUCCAAGUUUCUAUGCGAGGCAUCACGUUAGCUACAGGGAAUGUGUCACUGAGAGAAGUUCUUUACGGAAUCUGCUCUCACUACAUUACUCGCAUCACAACAUCCGAGUCGCCUCAUGACGCUCUGCAGCGGCACAGUCAGCAGGUAAUCAAGACGGCUGGACCUGGUCUUGUCGAGAUCAUCUGUGACGAUGCCUAUACUGGCCAGGAAGCCUGUCGGGCUUCUGCUCUCCUUCUCCUGAACUGCCUGGCGGUUUUGGACAGUCGCACUGAUUGUGUUCUCGCAGAACUGAUCUCACAGUCCAACUAUCUCAGCUUAUUCCUGGAUGCCAUUAGAUCACUGCCCUAUGAAUUACGUAGUGCGUCAGCAACAGAUACCCCUGCUCUCUUAGCAUUCUAUGAAUCCUUGCUGGCUUUACUCCAGCUCCUCUCUCAGACCAAGAAUGGCGCGAUCGUCGUCCUCAAAUGUGGUCUCUUCGAGUCCGUGCGAGAGUCGCAAUUGUUCGCUGCUGAUCCCGAUAUUGGCAUCGACAUUGAAAACCCCGAUUCCCUGCGAAAGUUCUACGAUCUGCUUCUAUCUGUGAUCCGGGUGAUUGUAUCUGCGGUCUUCUCCCGGGGUGUCCACAAUGAGCAGAUCAAGGCACAAACUCGGGCUUUCAUCUCUGACAACCGGGCAUGCAUGGUGGGAGUGUUCAAACGAUUUGCGAAGAUUGGAGGCGAUGCCCCAGCUGGCCACCAGGACGCCCUGUGUGAACUUGUCAAGGCUUUCAUGGCUCUAGUGGCGGCCUCUGACUACUUGGAAUUUGAAGAAUCAGAGGCCCAACAAACUGUUCGACCUGGCUUGUUUUCAUAA